GGUUACUAGGUGCAUUGAUACCCCUGCGAUGAGAAGGAAAUACAUUUCUUUCCCUAAUUCCUUAGAAGAGAGAAAUAAAGUUAGAACAAGGUUUUAUCAAAAAUUAAAUUUUCCUGGGAUACUUGGCUGCAUUGACUGUACACAGGUUGCAAUCAUUAGACCGUCUCAAAAUGAAGAAAGGUUUUAUUGUAGGAAGCACUAUCACUCAUUAAAUGUUCAGUUGAUUUGUGAUGCUGAUAUGAAUAUAACAAGUGUUGACGCUAGUUAUGGUGGUGCCACCCAUGAUUCAUUUAUUUGGAAUGUUCAUCCUUUAAAAUUAUUCUUAGAAAAUCUUGAUGAAACAACAUGGUUACUGGCUGAUUCAGGAUACCCAUUAAGGAAAUACAUGAUGACACCCAUUGUCAAUGCUCUUCCUGACACACCAGAGAAACAUUACACAGAUUUACAAAUAAGAACCAGGAAUGUAAUUGAAAGGACAAUUGGACUCUUAAAAGCUCGUUUUCGAUGUCUUUUAGUGCAUAGAGUAUUGCAUUAUCAACCAAGAGUUGCAGCUUCCAUAGUGAAUACUUGUGUAAUUUUACAUAAUAUUUGCAACAAAGCAAAUAUGCCUGUUUCUACGCUGAGCAACGAAGAUGUACUGCAAGAGGCCCAAAUGCAGUUAAGUUUAACUAACAAUGAACACACUGUUAACAAUAACCAAGGUCUACAGUUCGGUGUUAACUGCAGAAAUAACUACUUCAUCUCUGGGACGCUCGACAUACCUAAAACAAUAAGUUUAUGUUUAAUAUAAAAUAAUUGUAACAUAACUUUAAGAUUUUGUAAAGUUGUCAUGUUGAUAACAUUGUAUUAAUAAUAUAUGUGAUGCGCGUAUUGUGAGAAGGUUCCUCACUCUGGGGCCCUAACCACAGGUUGCUUCGGCACUCAAAUGUCCCGCGGUUAUUUUUAUUAUACAUUUUGAAUAGUUUUAGA